GCUACGUCAGCAGCCUCCGCUUCGCGCGCAAACUGCGGGAGAGUUAUGGGGGAAGGCUAUGUGCCGGUGGAAGCCGGGCUCGGCCUCGAGGAGGGUUUCCUUUCCUUGGGAGACAUUCUCAUGUCCCAAGAGAGGCUUCCAUGCCGCGCCGAGACCGUCCUGCCGCGCCUGGCCGCAGUGCUUGGUAAAACAGGACCCUCGCCCCUCGCUGCUGUCCCUGAGGGCACAAAGCUGGAAAUUCCCCUCUGGUUGGCAAAAGGCUUGUAUGACAAUAAGCGGAGGAUUAUUUCUGUGGAACUGCCGAAGAUUUAUAAGGAGAGCUGGCGGACGGUGUUCAGUGCAGAUGCCAAUGUGAUAGACCUGCAUAAACUGGGGCCCUUUUACUAUGGGUUUGGCUCCCAGUUGUUGAAUUUCAACAGUACUGAAAAUGCUGAAAUAGCUCAAGCCAUAUUGCAGACAUUUAUUGAUCGUUUCCGCCGUAUUAUGGACUCAUCCCAGAAUGCUUACAAUGAGGACACGUCUGCAUUGGUGGCCCGGUUGGAUGAGUUGGAGAGAGUUUUAUUUCAGGUUGGCCAGAAGGGUCUGAAUGACUUCCAGUCCUGGGAAAUGGGUCGGGCCUCACAAAUCACAGCAUCCAGUCUGGUCCAGAAUUAUCGGAAGAGAAAGUUUACUGACUUGGACACCUGAGAGCAUGAAGAACAUGGAACUUCCUUCCUGGAUAAUUUGCCAACGUUUAUGGCCAGUGUUACAUCCAUGAAGGACAUGUUAGGAACAUACAUGCCUGUGCUAGGAAUUAAAGCGAAGCCUGGUAACAUCCUUGAGAGUAAUUCACUGUAUGUUUCUGUAUAUCUUAUGAGGAUUGAUAGGACAAGCUGUGCUUUAUGGUUGAAUGGAUACAAGCAGCACACGCAGUCCUUGCAGAAUCAUCAGUUUAAUUAUUCUAUCUAAUCCAUCUGUGUUGUAAUCUUUAAAGAGGGAGUCUAGAAAUGCAAAGCAAGAACUGCUCAGUUUGAUUUCUCUGCAGAUUGUUUGUAUAAAUUAGUGGGGGAAUCAUUGUAUUUCUAUUUUGCUUUUAAGCACCAGUAAAAUGUUUUUUGGUAUUGA